AUGCAUAAAUAUCCAACAUCCUGCCUGCCAGUCAGUCCUGACUGAGAUUUCCAUGCCCUCGGGUGCCUUCUCGUACCCAAGGAAUUGCUUCAGGUAGCACUAAUAAACUGCAUUCAACCUAUUCGAGGACUCCAGUCAUCUUUCACAGUAGACAAGGACACAGUAUCAAAAGGAGUUUUGUCUAGACAGUCUUGGUAGGAUACAAUCUGUUUUCAGAGUGGACUUACUAGGAUCCAGUCUCAAGAGGAGGCACACUGUUUUCAGAACAGACAAGGACACCUACAGGGUUGUGUGUGUGUGUGUGUGUGGUGCGGGAGGACGCAAGUCGGACAGACAGCCAUGUCGUUGUUGGGAGACGUGUGUGUGGUGACGGGAGCAUGCGGGUUCCUGGGGCAGUACCUGGUGAAGCUUCUCCUGGAGGAGGAGAAGCUGGCUGAGAUCCGACUGCUGGACAGGAUCGUCCGACCGGAAUUCGUACAGGACCUGGAAGAUACAAGGGGUGAGACGUCAGUGAGCGUGUUUGAAGGAGACAUCAGGGACACUGAUCUCCUCAGGAGAGCUUGUCGGGGCGCAUCCAUCGUCUUCCACACGGUCUCCCUCAUCGACGUCAUAGGAACACUGAAGUACAGUGAACUCCACGGGGUCAAUGUCAAAGGGACCCAGAUGCUUCUGGAAGCGUGCAUCCAGGAGAACGUCUGCUCUCUCAUCUACACGAGCAGCAUCGAGGUGGCCGGCCCCAACCCCCACGGCGACCCCAUCGUCAAUGGCGAUGAGGACACCCCGUACUCCGCCUGCCUGAGGUUCCCCUACAGCCGCACCAAGAAGGAGGCCGAGGAUCUGUGUCUCCAUGCCCAGGGUGAGGUGCUACGUAACGGGGGCCAUCUGGCCACCUGUGCCCUGCGGCCCAUGUACAUCUUCGGCGCCGGCUGCCGCUUCACACUGGGCCACAUGCGUGACGGCAUCCGCAACGGCAACGUGCUUCUGCGGGCGUCGCCCCGCGAGGCGCUUGUGAACCCCGUGUACGUGGGCAACGUCGCCGCCGCACACCUCCAGGCCGCCCGGGCACUCCGCGACCCGCACAAGAGGGCGGCGGUCGGCGGGAACAUGUACUACGUGGCAGACGACACGCCGCCAGUCAGCUACUCGGACUUCAACCACACUGUGCUGGCGCCACUGGGCUUUGGCAUCCAGGAGCGGCCGACGCUCCCGUUCCCCGUCCUCUACGUCAUCUGUUUCCUUAUGGAGAUGCUGCAGACGGUCCUCCGGCCCUUCCUGCGUUUCACUCCGCCCCUGAACAGGCAGCUCCUGACCAUGCUGCACACGCCCUUUUCAUUCUCCUACCAGAAGGCCAAAAGGGAUUUGGGGUACACACCCCGAUACAGCUGGGAGGAGGCUCGCAAGAUCACCACUGAUUGGCUAGCCUUAAUGCUGGCCAAGGAGAGAGCCCAAGAUCACCACUGAUUGGUUGGCCCUAAUGCUAAAAGCCAAAUGAUUUCUAGAGGGUAGAAAGUAAACGAGAGAGUCUGAGUAGGUACAUUUUUUGAUAGAUUUCACUGAAAGGAGUUAGCCUGAUAAAACCACACUCAUUCACUUUGGCGUAGACUUUGUGUUAAAUUUGAAAUCACUAGUCCAGUCUAACCAAUCACAUUGAUCAGGGAUUCCUAAUAUUACUUCCUACUUUGCCUAAACUUAACAAACAACAACUGCAUUGGCAGUCAGGAAACAAUAUUUGUAGGCCUACCUUUGCUGUACUUACAUUUACACAUUCUUCUGACUGCAAGUGUUGCUACUACAGUACCAUUUACCACAGCCAUUUUCGAUUUUGAUUGUGUGCCAGACUAGUAGUAAGAAAAUUCUAUGUGGGAAUGGCCACAGAGUGGAAAUGAGUGGAAUGGAGUUGGUUCUUCUAUCUAAACAUCAACAUUCACUUGAAAAAAAUCUGAAUGUGAUUCUAUUCUGUAUGUGAACAGUAGGUCCUGAUCAUAAGACUUUUAUUUUGAAUUUUUUUUUGUUGUAUUGAAUAUUAUUUUAAGGAUAUGUUGACAGUAAACCAAUUUGCAAUAAUUUACACGUUUUGUCUACAUUUGUCAUUCAACAAAUUGUACAGCUUUCUACUUGACCUACAGAAAUAUAUAUUUUUGGAAGUGAAAGGGAUCAUAGUGAUGAUUUGCAAUAAAACUGCACAAUCUGUAAAGAUAACUGUUCAUUGUCUUUAGUGGUUGCAUUUCACUAUCAGGGCUCAAUGGUAACUUUUAAAAGUGGUUGCCAGCUUGGCAUGAGGUCUUGGUUGCCAAAGCCAAACAAAUGUAGUUGUCACAGGGGAAACCAAGGUCUGUGAAUGAUUCAUUCAUUUGAUAUUCAAUUGCUUGCUAAAAAUGUUAUGUAUUAUCUGGUUUUAUAUAGGCACAUACUGUACAUUUAGAAAUUUGUUUUGUUAAAUAAACUCUCCAAAGUAUUUCACUCA